UAGAGCUUUCUUCACGUAUUUUUUGGGUUUACAUCAGGUGAAAGUCAAACAAAUGUUUUUGGGAAUAUAAAACUAGCAAAGAGGUUAAAGUAGCUGUUGCAUUUUUAUUUAGACAAAUCAUGGAAAUGAGCUAAAGAGCUGUCCUGAUGUUUGUUGUCAAUUUGCUGGGAAAUAAAAGCAAUGAAUUUCAACAAAAAUAAGACGAAUCAUGAUACUUACAAAAAGUGCUGUGAUGGACAAAAUAAGAUUAUUAAGAAGAGUUGCAUUGAGCAAAAUCAGACCAUCAAUAAAAGUACUGCAAAAGCUGCAUGUUUACCACCUCGAUGCCUUGACCUUUGGCAACAGAAAAAAAAAAAGUUUGAGGAAGAGCCCGGGGGAAAGGAAAAUAAAAACAGUCGUUCAGGAGCCUCUAAGUUAAGGAGUACUGGGCUUUUCAUCACCGAUUCAUCUUUGGCUUUUGAUGAUGAACUGCAGGUUAUAGAUUCUGUGAAGUCUACACAGGGAAGAGAGUGUUUAAAAUCACUUCAGUUAGAAAGCCUCACCUCUACUCUUGGGUCUAACUACCUGAUACCAGAACAUGUAAAUGUGCCAAAGCGCAGCAAUUCCAACAAUAAAACCAAUACAGAGCUAAGCCAUGCAGAUACAUCUCCCAGUACUUCCAAGGCAGCUCAGGAUGUUCAACCUUCAAAUGAAAAUGUAACUUUAAAAGAUGCUAAAGAUUUAUCAUUUAAACUUUUAUUUGGCAUACAGCAGCAGCAUGCGUCUUAUGAUAAUGUGGAUCCUUCAAAUUUAGAGCAUGUAAAAAGGCAAAAAAAAGAAUGCCCUCCACUUUCUCUUUGUUCUCCUGAGUCACAGGAUUCUAUAAGUCCAUCACCAGAAAAAUCAUCAAGAUCCAAACGUCGUCUGAAAUCCUUUAGCUCUAGACGUUCAGCGAUUGUCCACCGAUACUGUUUGAAAAAAGUUGCAGAAAAGAGAAAAUCUUUUUCACCAAAAAUGAAUAACGGCAUCGUCCGCAACAAUUACAUUUUAUUUAGCCCUAGUCACCAGGCAGCUGUAUUACAAAAGCAAAAACAACAACAGUGCCCUAGACUUAAUCUGUCAGUGUCUGUUUUGAAUGUACCACCUGGACUAGAUCUUACUAUAACAGACAACAGUAGACUACAUGACACUUUAACAGCUACAGGAAAAACUGUUAAGAUGGCUGUUCCUACUGAUCAGUAUGAUAAGUUGCUGCUAUCAAGCUGGGGUCUUCCAAAGCCAGUUUUGGAUAAAUAUCACAGUGUUGGAGUAGUACAGAUGUUUGAAUGGCAAGCAGAAUGUCUUAUGCUUGGAAGAGUAUUGGAAGGAAGAAAUCUAGUUUAUUCAGCUCCUACUAGUGCUGGUAAGACACUUGUUGCAGAGCUUCUCAUACUGAAGAGGGUUUUAGAGAUGCGCACAAAAGCACUUUUCAUUCUCCCAUUUGUUUCUGUGGCUAAAGAAAAAAUGUAUUAUUUGCAGAACAUGUUUCAGGAGGCAGGUGUAAGAGUUGAUGGCUAUAUGGGCAGCUCUUCCCCUGCUGGAGGUUUUGCUUCCCUCGAUGUUGCUAUGUGUACUAUUGAGAAGGCCAAUAGCUUGGUAAAUCGAUUAAUAGAGGAAGACAAAAUGGAGCUUAUUGGUACCAUUGUUGUAGAUGAACUGCAUAUGGUUGGAGAUUCUAGCCGUGGGUAUCUCCUAGAGCUUUUACUUACUAAAAUCCUAUACGUCACACACAAAAGACUGCUCCAUCACAAAGAAUCGGCUGAAAAUUGCCAAACUUCACAUGGUGUUCAGAUUGUGGGAAUGAGUGCUACCCUCCCAAAUCUCAAACUUUUGGCAACCUGGCUAGAUGCAGAACUGUAUCAUACAGAUUUCCGCCCUGUGCCCUUGCUGGAAAGAGUUAAGAUUGGAAACAUUAUUUAUGAUGCCUCAAUGACUGUAGUGUGCCAGUUCCAACCGGCAUUACAAGUUGAGAGAGAUGAAGACCAUAUUGUAAGCCUCUGCUAUGAGACUGUUCGCAGUGGACAUUCUGUCCUGUUAUUCUGCCCUUCCAAGAAUUGGUGUGAAAAACUGGCAGACACCAUAGCAAGGGAGUUCUACAAUUUGCAACAGAUGGCACUGCAUUCUACUGGUUUUGUGAAAGCUUCUGAUGUGAUGCCAUUAGAAUUUAAUAGAGAUGGGAUACAGGAAGUCCUUGAUCAGUUGAAACGUUCUCCUUCUGGAUUGGACCCUGUACUUCGACGCUGUAUAUCCUGGGGGGUAGCUUUCCAUCAUGCAGGAUUGACAUUUGAUGAACGAGAUAUUAUUGAGGGAGCUUUCCGACAUGGAUAUAUAAGAGUUUUGGCAGCUACUUCCACUCUGUCAUCUGGAGUAAAUUUGCCAGCUCGCCGGGUAAUCAUCAGGAGCCCAGUUUUUAAUGGCAGACUACUUGACAUACUGACAUACAAACAAAUGGCUGGGAGAGCCGGCAGAAAAGGUGUUGACACAGUAGGCGAGAGCAUUUUAGUGUGCAAGAAUUUGGAGAGAUCAAAAGGAAUUAGCCUUUUACAAGGCUCACUUAAAGCAGUUCAGAGCUGCUUGAUAAGAAAAGUAGGUGAUGGGAUUACUACUAGCAUGAUCAGGGCUAUCCUUGAAAUAAUAGUGAAUGGAGUUGCAGAUUCACCAGAAGCUCUCAAAGUCUAUAUUUCUUGUACUCUUCUGUUUGCCAGUCUGAGUGAGAAUGAACAGGAAGUCGACAGGAAGGCUAAUAAAACCAGGAUCCAGGGCAGUUGCAUUGAAUCCUGCAUCGGGUGGUUAAUGGAGAAUGAAUUUAUACAGGUCAUGGAGGAAGAAAAUGAGGGAAAUAAAGUUGAGAAAUACCACACCACCCAACUUGGUGCUGCUACUGUUGCCUCUUCUUUGUCCCCACCUGAUGCUCUUGAAAUCUUUGCUGAUCUUCAAAAAGCUAUGAAGGGUUUUGUUUUAGAAAAUGAUCUACACAUUCUAUACCAGGUUACUCCAUUAUAUGAAGAAUGGACAACAAUUGACUGGUAUCAAUUUUUUUGCUUGUGGGAAAAGCUGUCUACGUCUUUAAAGCGCGUUGCUGAAUUAGUUGGGAUAGAAGAAGGAUUCCUGGCUCGUUCUAUUAAGGGAAAGGUUACAGCCAAAACAGAAAAGCAGCAGAGACAAUUAGCUGUUCAUAAAAGGUUUUUUACUAGCCUUGUAUUGAUGGAUUUAAUCAGUGAGGUUCCCCUUGGAGUUGUUGCUAAGAAGUAUGGCUGUAGUCGGGGACAACUGCAGUCUUUACAACAGUCGGCUGCAACUUACGCAGGUAUGGUCACAGUAUUCUGUAAUCGAUUAGGCUGGCACAAUAUGGAGUUGCUGCUGUCUCAGUUCCAGAGCCGUCUGAGUUUUGGUAUUCAAAGAGAGCUUUGUGAGCUGGUAAGAAUUUCCUUACUGAAUGCCCAGAGAGCCAGAGCACUCUAUGAUGCAGGAUUUGUCACUAUAUCAGACGUAGCACAAGGAAAUGUAACUGAUGUAUUAGCAGCUUUGAAGAAAGCUGUGCCAUUUAAAAGUACACGUAAGGCAGUAGAUGAAGAUGAACAAGAUGCCCAAGAGCGCAAAAACAGCUACUGUAUCUGGGUGAGUGGUAAAAAAAGUCUAACGGAGGGAGAAGCUGCAGCAAGGAUUGUGGAGGAAGCCAGAAAACUGUUUCAGCAGGACUUAGCUUUGAUGGGAGUUCAGUGGAAUCCAGGGUUUGUACCAGAACCAGUGCCUUCUGUAGCCACAACUGAAAUUUCUGCAGCUUGCGAGGAGAAGAAAGAUGUGGAAGGCUCUGGCGAACUUACUAGUGAAGCCUUGCCAGUUGCGUCAGACAUACAUGCAUGUAAUGACAAGAGUACACACAAUGACAAACUCAGUUGCAUCAAGAAUGCUAACACGGGAGUUGUAGGAGAAGGGGAUGUUAUAUGUGCUAAGUCCUCCAGCAGUAACCCUGAUCAAAUUAAAAACAUAAAUCAGACCAGUGUAAAGGAGAAAUGUGUACUUACAACUUCAAAUGACAUUCCAGUUAAGGACAUUGUUGCAGUGAAUCCAAACCAAUAUCUGGAAAAUAUUAUAGAAUCUUCAGAUACUCCUGAUUUCAGUGGGAUGCCUUCAGGCUUCAGGAACAGUGAAGGAGAAAGGCUUUUUGUUUCCGAGAUUAAAAAGCUUGAAACAGCUUUGUCCUUUAACACUGACUGUAUGAGUCCAGAUGUGAAACUUGGAAUAAUUGAACAAAAUGAAGAUAUUAAAUCAAAUCUUCUCAAACAUGAUAAAUUAAGUCAUGAAACAAUUGAAGCUGAAUCAUAUGUGCUGUCGGAUCUGCUAGACAAAAAUAUGAAAGCAUGCUUUGCACCUUCCACAUUUAAAGAAAAAAAGAAGCAUAGUUCAAGUUUAGGUGUAGACCCCAGAAAUAGGGAAUUGAGGACCGAAACAAAGGAAAGAAAGUCUCAUAGUGCCAAUUCUGUCUGUGAUGUUUCUAAAUGCAGUGCUGGAUUACCAGCUAUUUCAGAUUCUGAGAACACUAGAUCAGAAAUGAAAGGGUAUAAACAAAGUAAUGAUAAAAUUACAAAUGCUUCUAUUUCCAAACAUUGGAGAGGUGAAGUAUUAUCAGAAAUCACAGUGAAACAUGGCGGAACAGAAAAAGCGACACCAGCCUUCUUGGAUGCAGACAACAAAAUGGAAGACACUGCUUCAUCAUUGCCCAGGUGUUCUUCAGUAAGUGGAGCCAGCAAUACCAAAGGACAGUUAAGCUGUAAUAGUAAUAACAGUUCCACUGUAGAAGAAGUCAGCCUGAAUGAAAUGCCAACCAUUCUGCAGGACAGCAUUAAAACCAGCAAAGCCAUUCUAAAGACUAAUUAUUCCAAAAAGGAUAGUGUAAUUGUGAGUCUAGCUGAAAUAAAAGGUAGCAGUAUAGGAACAGAGAAUAAUAAAGAACAUUAUACCGUUUGCUCAGUUGCUGGAAAAAAUAGUAUUCUAUCAUCGGAGAAGGAGAGGAUCACCGAUAGUAAGCAUCAUCAAAAGGCAGCAGAGGAUGAAAGAAACCAGGGACACAUGCCUUUGAUGGUGAAUAACAAUGAGUCUAAGCACAUGGCUGAAAACAUACUAGAAUCUAAGAACACCAUGACCAGUGGGCAUCUUAAACUCCAUUCAUUUACAAGAGAAUUCGAGGAGAGUUUUCAGCUGGAUACUCAGACAGAGAGAAUAAUUCAACAACAGGUCCUAACUGAACAGUUGUUAGCACAAGAAGAUGACAGCAGGGAAAUGCCAGCUGUGGUAGAGGAGCAUAAAAUAUCUGAGGAAGUUGGUUAUGCAGAAUCUUUUGGCAAUAAAAGAUAUGUUUCCACUGAAUGUGAAUCAAGAUUCUCUAACGACAUGGUUGGUAAUGUCGAAGUCAGUGCACAUAAAAGUAACCUAGCUUCUGCUUCUCCUCCAUUUCCUUCAAAAUACAGUGAUACGGGUGUUGUUUUACAAAAACACAGCAAUAUUUCAUUAACUGACACUCAGCUGGAAAGCUUUAUUCAAGGUUACCAUACACAGGCUUCCACUGAACAGAGUCUUUUGCCAGCUGUCCCAAGCAGAUCAUCUUUGGCAGAGAUAGUACAGGCGUAUGACACUGAAAACAUUAACUUGCAAAGAAAUGCUGUUCCCCAUCUUGUUACUGAAAUGAGUCUUGACAUGAGUGAUAGCUUAUUGUUUGAAGGUUUUUCUGAUGCCCUCUGUGAUGCUGAUACAGAGAGAACUAGGACUACUUCUAACUUGCAAAAAGAUGUAGACACUAGAGAUAGCCUUCCUCCUCAAAUUAUACCUCCAAAUAAGUUUUUUGGUGAAGAAGAAUCAAAGAUCCUGAACCAGAUACAGCCUCUAGGACUGCCUCUUGAGAGAAGAGAAAUGCAGUGGAAUGAGUCCUCUUUCAGUUUUUCAGAUUUCACUGACUCAUUUCACGUUGCUGAAGCUCAAGAACCUGGCAAGUCUGACCCUAGUGUACAAAAUUAUGAUUCUACUGAUAAUGUUAACGAGAAACAUUUAACUCAGCCAGAAGAUCCUAAGAAUACUGUCUGCCAGGCAAAAAGUACAAGCAGUCACACAAAAGAAACUAGUUGUGCUGAAACUAUUAAAAGUAAAGUUGAGGCCUGUGCCAUUUUGCAGUUUUCUCUGGAUUCUUCAUUUGAUUUAAGUCCUGGCCUUCAGAAUAUUUUAGAUCAGUGGUCUAGUCCAUUAAAUAGUAAAUGUACUGAAAUGAGAGAAAACAUUAACACCGUAGGGAAGCAUAAUUCACAAGAGCACAGUAAAUUGCAGUUACAAACUGGAAAUGCUGUUAACAUAAAACAAGUUAUGUUGUUGCAACCCCAGCAAAAAAACUUGCUUUAUCCAGAAAGUGAAACAAAUGUAAGCACCAUAUCAACACACCCAAUUGAUCUGUCGUCACGCCUAGUUGAGGAUAAAGAAAAUGAUCCUUUGGUAGAAAGUCCAAACAGUCUUGUUUUUCCAACACCUCCAUCUGAGUCUUUGGUUUCUAGACAAAAAAUAAGAGAAUCCUCCAUUCAUUCUGGAAAAAAUGGGGAAUUUGUAGUUCAGAGAGAAAACUCUUCCAUAUUUUCAGCACAGAAAAACAAAUUUGUUAAUUCUCCACAUAGAGAAAUCCCACAGUUAAACACGGACUUGGUUGUGCCACAGGGCAACUCAGAAAUUGAUGCCUCUGUUAUUGAUGAAGGAUUUUCCUUGCAUUUGUCACAGGAUGCCUCUCCUGCUGUACUUGCGCUUAGCAACACAGAGACAUUAAGCAUCAUUGAUGUGGCAAGUGACCAAACCCUUUUCCAAACAUUUGUCAAGGAAUGGGCUAGCACAGAAAGGUUCUCAGUAUCUGUAGCUUGUGAAAAAAGAGAGCAUGUUUUAUCUCCUAAUUCAGCUAUAGGAGGCAGAUUCCAACAUCCCAAGACUCUUCAAGACCCGGCAAAAGUUGAUGGCUUUCUUGUGAGUGGCAAUGAAGAUUUUGUGGUAAUUGGUCUAGCUGUCUGUUGGGGUGGAAAGGAUGCAUAUUACAUUUCACUGCAACAAGAGCAAAAUGAUUCGGAUAUCAGUCCCAGUUUAGCUGCUCCACCAUUAGACCCAGCCCUGUCGGUUAAUGAGCGCUUAAAGAAUGUUCGGUGCUGCCUUCAGCAAAAAACAGUGCAGGGAACCAAACAUUCUAUUAUUAUGUAUGACUUCAAACAUCACUAUAAAACCUUUUUGCUGGCUUGUAGCAUUUCUCUUGAAGGGAGCUUUGAGGAUCCAAAAAUAGCUUGCUGGCUUCUAGAUCCUAGUGCCAAAGAACGAACCCUACAUAAUAUGGUAACUAAUUUCAUGCCUCAAGAUCUCACAUUGCUAGAAGGAGUUGGAGCUGGACAGGGCAUUCAAAGUCUUGGACUUGGUGCAGGUACUGAUCAUUCAGGUCGAUUCAGAGCAUCAGUGGAGUCAGUCCUUGUAUUUAAUGUAAUGAAUCAGCUGAGUACAUUAUUAUUGAAGGAAGGUAUCUGUGAUGUGUUCUGUAAUGUGGAAAUGCCUGUGAUGUACUGCCUCACCCUUUUGGAAUUGAAUGGAAUUGGAUUCAGUACUGCAGAUUGUGAGGCUCAAAAACACAUAAUGCAGGCCAAACUAAGCAGCAUUGAAGCACAGGCAUAUAAACUGGCUGGGCAUAGCUUUUCAAUCACAAGCCCAGAUGACAUUGCUGAGGUUCUCUUUCUAGAGCUGAGACUUCCCCCCAAUGGGGAGUCAAGUGGGCAGAUGAACAAGAAAACACUUGGUGCCACAAGAAGGACAGCAAUAUCAGGAAAUAGGGCCAGACCAGCUAAACAGUUUAGUACCACCAAAGAUGUUUUGGAAAAGUUGAAGAAUUUGCACCCCUUACCUGGUCUGAUCUUGGAAUGGAGAAGAAUCAGCAAUGCCAUGACAAAAGUAGUGUUUCCAUUACAGAGAGAGAAAAAGUGGCAUAAGCAGUUGGGAAUGGAGAGGAUUUACCCAGUUGCACAAAGUCAUACAGCUACUGGACGGAUUUCUUUCAUUGAACCAAAUAUCCAAAAUGUGCCAAAGGAUUUUGAGAUUGAAAUGCCAACCUUAGUUGCAGAAAGCCCUCCUUCACAACAAAAUAGUUGCAACAUGGCCUUUGGAUCUAGAACCAGAGGUAGGAAACGAGCUAGGCUUAUGUUGCCUUCUGGUCCACAGGAUCUUGUUGAUAUGCCUACAGAAAAAGGGAUGCAGUUUGCUGUUAGUAUGAGGCAUGCAUUUGUCCCAUUUCCAGGGGGAUUAAUCCUGGCAGCUGAUUACAGUCAACUGGAACUGAGAAUUUUAGCUCACCUUUCACGUGACAAACGCCUUAUUCAGGUUCUGAACACGGGAACAGAUGUUUUCAAGAGCAUUGCAGCUGAGUGGAAGAUGAUUGAUCCUGAGUCUGUGGGAGAUGGCUUAAGACAGCAAGCCAAACAGAUUUGCUAUGGCAUAAUAUAUGGAAUGGGUGCCAGAUCCCUUGGAGAACAAAUGGGAAUCGAUGAGAAUGAUGCAGGCUGUUAUAUUGAAAGUUUUAAGUCUCGGUACACAGGGAUUCAGAACUUUCUGCAAGAGACAGUGAUGAAUUGCAAGAAACAUGGCUAUGUCCAGACCAUUCUAAAGAGAAAGAGGUAUCUACCUGCAAUCAAAGACCCAAAUUAUCACAGCAGAGCUCAUGCUGAGCGCCAGGCGGUCAAUACAACUGUUCAAGGUUCUGCAGCCGAUAUUGUGAAAACUGCAACAAUAAAUAUUCAGAAUCGACUUGAAGAAACAUUUCCCUCUAUGGUAAAAUCACACACCCACUUGGAAAGUGUUAUUAAUGCAGGUGCAUCUGAAAGGAAGAGACAUAGACGCAUUCAUUCACCAACCUGUGGGGCGUACUUUGUUCUACAGCUGCAUGAUGAGCUUAUCUAUGAGGUGGCAGAAGAUGAUGUAAUUCAGGUGGCACAGAUUGUGAAGAAGGAAAUGGAAGGUGCAGUAAGAUUGUCAGUUAAGCUUAAAGUUAAAGUGAAAAUGGGUCCAAGCUGGGGGAAUCUUCAAGAUCUGGACUUGUAGUGAAACAGCAAAAGGAUAUGUGAUGCAUGUGCUGCUCUUGUAAACCAAGAUGCCACUUUCAGCAAGCAAAGUCUGAUAUAUCUUGAACAUAGAAAGUCUGCUGCCAUUGUAGCAAUGAACAUGAGUUCUUUAUGUCACUGGACUUGAAAAAAAAAUCAGUUUUAUUUAUAAUGGACAUUAAUGCAUCGUUACUUUCUUCAGAACUGACAGCUUUUUUUAAUUGACUAGUAACAUUGUCAGCUGUUUUUACAGACUUUUUACAGGUUUUGCAUAGUUAUGAUUUUAAGCAGAGAAAUAAGUUUGCUGCAAAGGUAAGGACAAAACAUAGCUAUAGAAAAUAGAAUAUUAUUUCUAUUUUACAUUUUGUACUGUAAUCGCCUAGACUAAUUGCAACAUCUGGUCCUGCUGGAAGACUUAACUCAGUCAUUUUAAAGUAUUUAUUGAAACUACAUACAAGUAUAAAUACCCAUGACCAGAUGUUCAAGAAUGAAAUUAGUAAAAUGCCUUUACAAAAUAAAUUUAAUUUUACACUGAAAAUGUAUAAUGAAAUUCACAGUAGUACUGUUUGACAUGCAGGUAAUGUUCAGUAUUUUACUAAGAUUUUAAAUUUCUUCAGUGAAAGAAACACUUGUAAACAUGUAUGCUAGUAUUUGUGGUUAUGUACUGGUUGCUGUUAAUGAAUUACUGUAUAGAAUGUAACAGUCUUCUAUGCUUGUAUUUAUUAUAGUCUUCUGAAUAUUUAAAAUGCAUUGGGGGGAUAUAUGAUAAAAAACAUUCUGUAAUAUUUACAGAUCCUAUUAACACUUAAUAACCAGUUUGACUACUGGCACUAGAAGUACCUUUUUUAGAGGUGACCUUGGAGCAUAUGGAGUUAAGCAAGCUGCUCAGGGGAUAUACAAUAUUCAUCUGGGUGCUGAUGACACACACACACACACACACACACACACACACUAUGCAGGUAAAGCACAUCCACUAGUUAUCAUUAGUUUUAAUGUCUUUCUGAUUUUAGAAUAAUACUUGAACUGUAUUUUCCCCUCUUUCAAGAAUCUACAGAUACACGCAAUCUGUAUUGUAUCCAGAAUAUUAAUUAUUUAUUCCAGUGCUGAGAUAUCAUUUUAAUAAAAAAAUGCUUGUGAUUGUCUAUAUUUUGCAAUAGUCCAGUGUGUAUAUACAUUUUCAGAGCUGCAGAUAGUACUUUUGUAAGUUGAAAUGUAUUGUUCAUUAAGUUGCGUCUAAACUGUGCGUAAUCAUUUAUAAUGCCACUGUGGAAUCAUUGCACCUUGUGCUAUACUGCAGUAUAAGUAAUACAUGUAUUUCUAAUGUGGAACUUUCUGACUUAGUCAGACAUCAAAAUGCAAUCAACUAAAUAAAUAAAUAAAUAAAUGAAA